UCUGAGCCAUAGCACCUUCUUCCAUGACACUGCUGUAGAAAUUGCCAGUAAGACGAGCUUUCCCAGGAGCUCGUGGAUCUCGAUGAUGUAAUCAUGAACGAGCUUAGCUCAGGCUCCGGACGAAAAUGCUGCAUAUCUCAUCAACGCCACUCAAGGGAUCGCGCACAGACGGUCUCUCACUUCUUCAUAGAGCACUUAUUCAGACAACAUUUACAUCCUGGCAAGUAAUAAUGCUAUCCACCGCUCGGUGGUCGUUGCGACUACCACGACAGUGCAAUCGAGCUAUCUCCACUCGAAACAAGGCUCCACUUCUCGGGCCCCGUGGCUCUCUUCGUCGAACCCCUCCUCCGCAGAGAACAAUACCCGGAAAUCCGUGGUACUCGUCCAGGCAACCACAGCAGCCGCCGUCCUCGAAUAAGCCUGAGAAUCGGGCGCCCAACAAGCCUUCGCAAUCUCCCCCGAACGAGCCGUCCAAAGUCGAAGCCGUAUCUCACGCUCUCGCACAAACGCCCGACGCCGACAACAACCUCGUCACGCCCGUGCACAUACCCGAAGAUGCCAAUGGCGUCCUCAAGGAGACCCACCCCGCGAUGCGGAUAUUGGAGAAUUCGGCGAUUGUGGUGCAACGGCAACUGGAGAUGAUGAACGUGUUGAUGGGAUUCGAGCAAGCGAACCGAUAUGUGAUAAUGGAUCCGCAUGGGAAUCAUAUUGGAUACCUAGCGGAGCAAGAGCAUGGAUUGGGUAAUGCUAUGGCGCGGCAGAUGUUUAGGACGCAUCGGAGCUUCACGACGCAUGUCUUUGACCGGGAAGAGAAGGAGGUGCUGAGGUUCCAUAGGCCAUUCAGCUGGAUAAGCUCGCGGAUACGCGUGUAUGAUGCCAUAGGGAAGGAUAUGAGCGCAUACACCUCGUCGGUCGCGCUGCAGGGCACGAGCGCGAAGAGUGUGGUCAAUCAGACAAACGCCAGCGUAUCAAGCCUGCCGUUGUCUGAGAUGAGAGUCAUCGGUUCCGCAGAGCAAGAAUGGGCGCCCUUACGACGGAAAUACAACCUUUUCCUUGCUCGCCAUCUCGAAGACAUGUCUACUGAACCUGGAACUCCGCAGCUGACAUCUGGCGAUCUACCGUUGUCAAAAUCCAAAUCCCUCACGGUUGCAGAAGGUGACAACCGCGAGAUUGGCAUGAUACAGUUCGCACGCGUCGAUGAGCCCUUCCUUUCCUGGGACUUCAGCUUGAUGUCAGAAGACGGGCGUCUAAUAGGCUCGGUCAACCGCAACUUUGCAGGUUUUGCCCGAGAAUUAUUCACAGACACUGGCGUAUAUGCGCUCAGAAUGGAUGCCGCGGGACUGGCUGGCGAGCCGUCGCAUCUCAUCUCCCGUACUGGAGAGAAAGGAAAGCCGUCGCUAGAGGGAGAUCCUGGUAUGACGCUCGAUCAGCGCGCUGUCAUGCUCGCGACAGCUGUCAGCGUGGAUUUCGACUACUUCAGCCGGCAUAGCGGAUCAGGCGGUAUGUGGCCCAUGUGGAUACCGUGGUGGGGCGGAGAAGCGGCUGGUGGUGCUGCUGCCGGCGAGGCGGCCGGCGCUGGUGCUGCGGGGGCCGGUGCUGUUGGUGCCGCUAGCGAAACAGGUAUUGCGAGCGAAGCUGGAGCCGCCGCACGAGGCUUGGGAUCCGCUGAGGGAUGGGCAGCUGGCGCGGGCACGAUGGCAGGCUAUGAAGCAAUGCAGAGGUCGAGAGAGGCAAGACAGCAGCAACAAGAGGAAGCCGAUCCUCAGUCGCCACAAGCGGGAGAACAACCGCCCUACCCUCCAGAGCAACAAGGCGCUCAGUCGGAAGAGGAUAUAUGGAACCACGAUGAUGACCCUUGGGGCAGUGGAGGCUCAGGCGGGGGCGGAGGGGAUGGUGGAACUGGAGGUGGAGGAGGAGGCGGAUCUGACUGGAGCGACUGGUUCUAAACACGUAUCAUGACUCAUGCACUGUACAAUUAUCAUGUCAAGAUAACAGAGGCCUCAGACGCCAGACGGCCUGGUUAGAAGUAA